AGAUUAAUUUCAGUCCCCAAUUAUCUUUCUCAUUUGAACUUUGUCUUGACUCUUGAUCAAAUUGUUGCUGUUGCUCGUAAUCGUCAACCUUCAAUCCCUUAACAUCGGAUCUUAAUUUAUGUAUCUUGAAUCAUUAUGUCGGGAAGGAAUCGUAUGCCACGAGGGGUCCGUGACGCGCCACCGCCUGUGGUGGUGCUCCGGGGCCCACCUCACCCUGCGGUUCUUGAAGAGGAACUUGAGCUCCAGCAUCAUGAUAUACAACGGAUCAGGGCGGAAAAUGGACAUGUGGUUGAAGAAAAUGUGGUUCUUCAGAGGGAGUUGACUGCGGUCAAAGACGAAAUUCAUAGGUUAGGUCAGAUCAUUCCGAAACUGCACGCUGAAAGAGAUGCACGCGCGCGUGAUUUGAUUGAUAGAGGAAGGAAGCUCGAGGCGGAGCUUCGUGAUACCGAGCCUUUGAGGGCGGAUGUUAGUCAUUUGAGAAAUGAGGCGCAGAAGUUGAAUUCGUUAAGGCAAGAGUUGUCGAAUCAGGUUCAGACUCUUACUAACGAUUUUAGCAGAUUGAGAGCGGAGAAUGAACAGGUGGCGGCUAUUAAGACCGAUAUUGAUGGGAUGCGUAAAGAUGUUGUGGAAAUGAGGAGUGAUUAUGAAAUGUUGAAGAAAACGAACGAGGAGCAUUUGAUUCAAAAGGAAGCAAUGGAGAAAAAUCUCAUCUCAAUGGCGCGUGAAAUUGAAAAGCUUCGAGGGGAGCAGAUGAGAGCACGUGGACUAGGUGGUGGAGGAUAUGGAAUGUUGAGUGGAAGCCCUGAUAUGAGGUAUCCAGGUGGCGGAUACGGUGAUGUGUAUGGUGGCGGUUGGGGAUCUUAUGACCAACGAGGACCACCACAUCCUUGAUGUUGUCAACAUGUUCUGGUGGUUGGUGGUCGGAGAGAUUUCAUCUCUUUCCAGUUGAAAAACUAGUCAAGUUAAAGUCAAAGCUACAUUGGAUGUGAUGGAUGUGGUUGUUAAGUAUGUAAUUUGGGUAUGAUUAUUGUAGCUGAUGUUUGUUAAGAUGGUUGGUGGUUAAAAUAUAAAAAUUGUUAAGUAUGAUAAGUCACAAAACAAACAGCAAACCUUACUACACGAAUGGGUCACAAAAUUAGACUUCAAA